UGCCGAUUUAAAAAACAAAAACAAAAACAUAAUAAAAAACAGAACAAACGUCUACAUCCACGUGCAACGGAGUGACAAUCUGAUUUCGAGAGAUUCCUGGUAAUCGUGCUUGUGCCCUUUUAAUUCACUGCAGAUUGAUUCUACUGGAGAUUGAAUCAUUGAACUAUUGAGCUUUGUUAGCGAAGAAAGGAUGUUGCGGGAAAAAAUGUUGAGUUCGUAGUAGUUUAGUUUUAAUUUAAUUAAAAGAUGAUGUCAUUUUCUUUGUUAUGAUUUUUCCCAGAAAAAAUGAAAGGCCAGACAUGCAGAAUGAUUGUUCCUUACACGCUUGUUUUGUCUUGAUCGGCAGUCAAAGAUUCCUUUAUAAAGAAAUCAGAUUCUUACAUAGGACAUAUUUAAUAGAAUAGAAAUUGUAUUUUUUUCAUCAUUAGACAAAACAGAUGAAGACGCCAAAGAACAGCUUCUGCAAGAAAUUGAGAUCAUGAAAUCAAUUGGGUAUCACAAGAAUGUUGUGAGCAUGUUAGGUUGCUGGGUUAACAAUGACCCAAUCUUUCUGCUGCUAGAGUAUGUCCCGUAUGGAGAUCUGCGACAUUGGCUGAUAAACAAGAGAAAAAAGGUGAGAGUAAGCUAGGCCAACGCAAGUCGAGAAUUAAUUAUGAUUAUUAUUCAUUCAAAAUAUUUCCCCGAUUCUGCUUUGCUAAAAGCACACGCAUAAUCCACCAUAACCAGCUACUGGUGACCAAAUUUGAAAGAAUUUUGACUUUCAAGAAACGAUGACGUCAAAAGUGCAGCUUUCUUUCAGGUUUAUGCACCGUUAACCGAGAAGACCUGAGGACGAGGUUGAGUUGUUUUGAUUGUGAAAACAAAAAUGACGGACAUUUCACCCGUUCAAGAGUAAGAACUAGGCGAAAUAAUAGCUACAAAGAUGGCAAGAACAGCAAGAAGACAACUCGAAGGGCAGCGUGUGCUAUUUGGAGAAUAUUUGUGGAGCUGAACAACCCUAAACGUGCACUAUCGAAGGUGAACUUAACAUCGAUGGAGGUUUGUAUUUGUUUUUAACUAGGAAUUAUUUUGAAUGAAUAAGAAAACAAUUAUUGAAUUCGGCUUUCGUAUCAUAUGAAGAAUUAUGGAGAUCGAGGAAGGUGUUAUCCGCCUCGGCCUACGGCUUCGACGGAUUACACCCUCCUCGAUCUCCAUAAUUAACAAUUAAUGAACUCAGGCUGAGUAUCUUUUGAAGAAUUAUGGUGAUCGAGGAGGGUGUUUAUCCGUCGAGGCCGUAGCCGAGGCGGAUAACUCCCUCCGAGAUCUCCAUAAUUCUUGAUCUGAUUCGAAAGCCGAAUGCAAUAAUUUUUUUUGUUUAUUCGAAAUAAUUCCUAGUUUAAAAACAAGCUAAAACAUACUUACCUUCAUCGAUCCAUUGAUGCUAAGUUCAUUUUCGAUAGUGCACGUCUAGGGUUGUUCAACUUCGCAAAUAUUCUCCCAGAUGUCGCCCUUUGAGUUGUCUUCUUGCUGUUCUUGCCAUGUUUGUAGCUAAUAUUUCGCCUAGUUCUUACUCUUGAAACGAGUGAAAUGUCCGUCAUGUUUGUUUUCACAACCAAAACAACUCAACCUCGUCCCCAGAUUUUCUCGGUUAACGGUGCAUUAACCUGCAAGAAAGCUGCACUUUUGACGUCAUCGGUUCAUUAAACGCAAAAUUCUUCCAAAUUUGGUCAUCAGUAGCUGGUUAUGGUGAAUUAUGCGAGUGCUUUUAGCCAAUCAGAAUCGGGGAAAUAUUUUGAAUGAAUAAUAAUUCAUCAUAAGAUACUGAGCCUCAUUCAUUAAUUGUUAAAUAUGCUCUACUGGAACGUUUUCAAAACGUAGAGCUGUACAUAAAAUUUUUAGAACAUUGGACAUUCCAGUCUUUUGCAAUGUCUCCCAGUCCCCUUACUGAUAAAUAUGACGGACGGUAUUUUAUGAAUCAGAAUACCAUAACAGUCAGAGAAAUAUUGCAAUCUUCAUCGUACGGGUUAUGUAGGGCAACCACUUUGAAAUCACGGUAAAAUCACGGUAAAAAUACCGUAUAAGCUUAUUUUUUUUUUAAUUUCCUUCCAAUUCUUUCAACAGAGAAAUUAUCAAAGGUUCUAUGAUGACGAUUGCGAUAAACGCCCUACACCAGACUGUAUGACAAACCAGCCUUGCAUAACAGAUGAGUCCAAACUGCCUAAAAGCAACACUACAACAGACACUGAGAGUGAUAUAAAGCAUGGUUCUCAAGAACUAGUAAGCUGUAAUGACUCCGCCAGGCUGGAUAAGACGAUGGGAACAGCUAUCCAAAAUGUCCAUUUUUAUCAAAAUGUUUCGUUCGAAAAUGACGAUGAUAAAGGAAAGGGUUCAGCGGAUCAUCAUGUCAAAUCUGUUGGACAAAGCUCAAUUUGUGUCCCUGGAAAUAGUUCCGAGGAAGACAGCUCACAUAGGUCAGAAUUCUCGGCUAAAGAUGUUCUUUGUUUUGGCUGGCAGAUAGCACAAGGGAUGGUAAGCUAUUAUUUUUAGCUCAAGCAUCCUAAAUCCGCUCAUAGACUGAAGUUAAAUUAUCAUAGUGCGUUUUUAUAUGGAAAGAGAAAAGUGUCUUUAGAAUUUGUUUUAAAUUUAGAAGGAUGACUUUUUGUUUUAUUGCUCUUAUUUAAUAAAAUGAUGUGACCAUAAUACAGGAAUAGCACAAAACCAAGCAAAAUACAACCACUUAAAACAAUGAUCUUUCCUACAUCUUGGGAAGGGGUGGAGAGCAAAUACGAUAUGUAAAACAGCUUUGGUUCUCACAUUUUCCUUUUAAGUGGUAGGGAUAGUUAAAUCAAGGAUUGUGAAGUGACUUAACUCUUGAGUUAACUUAACUCUUAUCGCGCGUCGUUUAAGCCCCUAAUUGAGCAAAUUUAUUUAGCAAGAAAUAAGAUUAAAAAAAAAUUUUAUUAUCUUAACUAUGAUCCAGUCAAACAAAAUCUUACUAAGUUAACCUGAUUUUGGUUUAUUGGGGGAGGAGGAGAGAAGCUGUGAAGGUUAAAACACUUUUGCACCUCUGUCCAACACACAGAAUUCCUCGUGUAACACAGGAAAAACUCCGAUGGGCCAAGUGCAAUAAAUACUACUUAAAAGAUAAAAGAAAUACAUUUUCCCCUUCUGUAAAGACCUUUCCGAUUCAAGUUUGUUUGAUGACUGUCGCAUUCGCUAUGGUAUGGGGGCAUAACAAAGUCAAGUAAAAUUAUUUUUACAAAAUUGCUUGGGGCAAAAUACAAGGAAAUGAGGUUUUACCACCAUUUGACCAUUCACUUUUAAUCUUCACAGCAUAAGAUAUCGGCACGCGCAAAAGGAUCACAUUACUGCACAAUAAAUAGGUAUUCCUGUGUUCAGUGAGGUGCAAUUCAGCUAAAUUUCCCAGUGUGAUGAAAAUUACGUGUGGCCUUCUGUCCUAGUUGAAGUGAAGGUUGAAUUUAAUGCUAACGUUAUGGGGAGUUGAUAUAAGAAUACUUGUAUUUAUUAUCUUCUCUUUCCAAUCGCAGAGUUUCUUGUCAAGUGAAGGAUUUGUCCAUCGUGAUUUAGCAGCUCGAAAUAUACUUCUUGGUGAGGAUAGAAAUGUGAAAAUAUCUGACUUUGGUUUGAUGCGACAAGUUGAUCAGGAGGUUUACAAACUGAAGAAAGGGAAAAAAAUACCAUACAAGUGGAUGGCACCCGAGGCGAUCUUUGAAAGUGAAUAUACAACCCAA